CGAGUAAAGGAAAGAAAGAAGACCAAGACCAACCAAUGACGGACAAACAGGUGGAGUCGCCUAAGUUACCUCAGUCCCCUAAAAAAAGAGGGGCCAAGAAGUUUCACUUGAAAAGUUCACUGGAUGAGGUAGAUUUGAGGGAGCCGUUAAGGAGGGCUAUGGAUAUGCCCAUUCCUAUUACCUUGAAAGAGUUCAUAGCCAGUUGUGGACCAGCGCGAGAUGAGCUAAUAGGAAUGAUGAAGAAGGCUAAGGUGCCACUAGCGGAGGCUGCGGCUUCAAGCGAGCCGAAGAUAGAAACGAAGACAUCUGUUCUAGCGGCGGAGAAAAGAGGAGUAGAACAUGUAGAAACCGAUGAUGGUGGAGGCGAUUAUUUCUAUGUUCUUGGUAGCGGGAAGUUGAACGCCACCGUCAAUGGGAUAAGGAUGAAAGCUAUAGUAGACGACGGGUUUGAGUCUACCUUCUGUGAGGAUAAAGUGACCCAAAAGUUGGGUCUAGAGGUGGACAAGAGUAUAGCCAUGACCAUGGUAUCAGCCAACAAGCUAAAGCAGCCAGCCCUAGGGGUGUGUCAUAAAGCCAAGGUCGUAGUCGCUGGGGUCGAGGCCACUGUACUUGUAUUCACAGUUGAACACUGCUCGUCGGAGCUAAUCCUUGGACGAACAUGGCUGACACAUGUCAAUGCCACUACCGAGAAUAAGCGUGAUGGGAGCCAGACGGUGACCAUAGACGGACCCGAAGGAAGCAGAGUCACCCUAAAAACUGUGAAUGAAUUUGACAAACGUCAUAAGGUUUCCCUACAGAAAAAGGGACAGUUAAAAACGAGAAGUUGUCAGAUGAUCCCCGAGGAAGUCACUCUUGGACCGCAUAAAGUGAAAGGGGCGAAGAUUGAAAUAGAGGACCUGGAGGGCAAGUACGUGAUCGAUGGGAUGGCUUAUGAGAAGGAGGUUGGCGACGACGAGUUUGGUGGAUAUGCUAAACCCGCAAGGAUCUAUACGGUGCCGCACGUGUCGUGGAAUGAUGCCGGGUGGAAGUUCGCGCAAAAGAAGAAGGAGAUGAUAGUGGAUUUCUUAAAGGAGAAGAUAAGAACGUUCGUAGCAGAACCAUGUGAGAGCGCGUACGUCAACAAAUGGUUUUUCAUUUGGAAGUCGAAUGGGAGGCUCCGAUGGAUACAAGACCUCCAGAAAACGAAUAAGGUUACAGUUAGGGACGUUGGAUCUAUUCCAAACGCAGAUCUUCUCUCUGAGGGAGCUGCCGGACGCUCGAUUUACUCGGUCUGCGACCUUUUCUCAGGCUACGACGAGAUCCCGCUUGAUUACCGAAACCGGCACCUAACUGCAAUGCAUACGCCGUUGGGGCUAAUACAGAUGAUGGUCGUGCCUAUGGGAUGGACUAAUGGCGUGGCGGUCUUUCAAAGAGCGAUGGUGGCUGUCCUAGGAGAACUCAUACCGAAUCUAGUAGAGGUUUUCCUGGAUGACUUCCCAAUCAAGGGACCCUAUGAGAAGGACGAGACUGAGGUGAGGCCUGGAGUAAGGUGGUUCGUCGCUACCCACGCUGAAGAUAUUAAGAAGAUGCUGGUGAAGUUGGAGGAUGCAAAUCUAACCAUAAGUGGAACUAAGAGUAGGUGGGCAAUGUCUUCAAUAAAGAUAGUAGGUUACAUCUGUGACAAGGAAGGUAGGAGACCGGACCCCGCGAAGUUAGAAAAGCUUAUGAACUGGCCUACUCCGUUACGGCAUAUUACCGAUAUACGUCAGUUUUCGGGGGUAGUUGGAUUCUGGAAGAACUUUAUAAAGGGCUAUGCUGGAAAAGCCAAGCCGCUAAGAAGGCUCUUGCGCAAAGGAGUGGAAUGGAGUUGGACGAGUGAGCAAGAGGAUACUUCGAGAGCCCUAAAGGAUGAAUUUAAAGAAGGGGGACAAGUUCUCGGUGUUCCUUACUUUGAGGACGAGGAGAAGCGACCGUUUGUAGUAUGCACGGAUGCGGGGCCUGCCUUUGUUGGGGGGGUCUUAGCUCAGAAAGACCAGGAGGGCCGUGAGAGACCUCUUAGAUUCGAGAGUAAGACCUUAAACACCACUGACAGGAACUACUCACAGUUUAAGAAAGAAGUCCUAGGAGUCCUACACUGCCUGAAUGUCUUUCGUCAUUACAUUUACGGUCGAAGGUUUGUACUGCGGGUUGACCCAACGGCGGUGGCGACCGUCCUACAAAAAGAUUUUUCGUUGACGGAUCCCACAAUUACUAGAUGGCUCAUGCAUAUAAGAAUGUUCGACUAUAUGGUGGAACGGAUAUCGGGGGCUAAGAACUCAGUUGCGGAUGGCUUAUCGCGAAUUGCGUUAGAAGAAGGGAACCUAGGAUCACCCGGAGGAGUUGACAAGUUUUUACAGAUGGAGAUAGACUCUCUAAGAGUAGAAGCAAGUACGGCCAGGACUCCCUUGUUCCUCGAGAACCUCUAUACGGGGAAAUACCAACGGAUAGAUCGGUAUCUCAUAGGUGAGGCCGAGUUGGAUGACAAGGUUAGGAAGGAGGCUCAACAGUAUUGUUUAAGGGCGGGUCACCUCUUUAAGAGGCCACCUAAGAACGGGAUGCCUAUGAGGGUCGUCUGUGACAGGGAUGAGCAACGAGACAUAAUAGCGGAACUUCACGACGGCGUCGUUGAGGGACACAGAGGAGUGAAAGGAACCUUUGAGAAGGUCAGGAACCUUUAUUGGUGGGAUGGUCUAUAUAGGGAUGUGGAAGUGUAUUGUCUCACAUGCGUGGAGUGUCAGAAGAGGGUUGUGAUUAAGUAUAAGGAACCACUAUUUCCUUCGUAUCCUACAGCCGUAGGUCAAAAAGUUCACGUGGAUUUAGUUAACAUGCCCAAAGGAGAAGGGGGAAUGAAUUAUAUCAUUGACAUUAGGGACGACUUGACCGGGUUUGUAGAGGCAUGGCCAUUGAAGCAGAAAACAGGCAAGGCUGUUAGUGGAUAUCUAACGGAGUAUAUCACUUGGUAUGGUUGUGUGGGGAAGAUUGUUAUGGAUAGAGGGUCAGAAUUUAUGGCCAAAGAAGUCCAGGAACUGCUCCAGAUGGCGGGGAUACGGGUGUCGCUAUCUACGGCGUACCAUCCCCAAACUAACGCUCCCGUAGAGAGAGGACAUCAGUCUCUAGUGAAUGCGCUCGCCAAAUGGUGCGAAGGUAGGGAGAAGAAGUGACCUAGGUAUCUAAGAUUCGUUGUCUGGGCGGAUAACAUUACCGUUCGAUCAACCACUGGAUAUCCCCCCUACACUUUGUGGCUUGGCAGACACUGCCCCUUACCAAUAGAAUUCCAUAUCGAUUCUUGGCAGACGAUUUGACUGGGAGGAAGUCUCGACUAGAGAACAGUUGUUGGCCGCUCGAGUCAAACAAAUAGCCGAGACUCUU